AUGAUGAUCAAAACUGCUUGUGAUCCUACAAUAGAAAAACACUUUAAAGGCCAUGAAAAUACUAUUACAAGUUUAUGUUUUCAUCCUGAAACUACACAAUUGAUAUCAAGUAGUUCAGAUAAAAGUAUAAUAUCGUGGAAUUUGAAAGAAUCUGUAAGAGCUUACAGAUUUCUUGGACAUAAGGAUGUAGUCUUUGAUGUCACUUAUGCACCAUCGGGAGAAGUCAUAGCUAGUGCUUCUAAAGACAGAUCUGUUAGAAUUUGGGUUCCUAAAGUAACAGGACAGUGUUUAGAUUUUAAAGCACAUUUGGGAGCUGUCAGAUCAGUACAAUUUAGUCCAGAUGGCGAAAAGUUAAUUACUGCAUCAGAUGAUAAAAGUAUUAAAUUAUGGAUGGUAUGUCAAAGAAGAUUUCUUACGUCAUUUACAUGUCAUACAAGUUGGGUGAGAUGUGUUAGAUUUUCUUUAGAUGGCAGACUUAUAGUCUCUUGUAGUGAUGAUAAAACAAUAAAAUUAUGGGAUGUCAUUAGUGGACAAUGUGUUAAAACUUUUAAUGAUGUGAAAGCUUAUUCUACACAUGUGGAAUUUCACCCCAGUGAUUCUGUUAUUGGAUCUGCAAACACAGCAGGCUGUGUAAAGUUAUAUGAUAUACGUACAGCUUCUUUAUAUCAACAUUAUGCAAUUCAUACAAGCUCAGUAAAUAUGAUAAAGUUUCACCCAAAAGGAAAUUUUAUGUUAACUGCGUCUGAUGAUUCAACAAUGAAGGUUUUAGAUUUAUUAGAGGGUCGUCCAAUUUAUACACUUAGAGGACAUAUAAAUGGUACCAGUGUAACAUCAAUAACAUUCUCUUCUAACGGAGAAUUUUUUGCCUCUGGAGGAACAGAUCAACAAUUAUUAAUGUGGAAAACAAAUUUUGAUAAAGAUGACAUUGCUAGAAAAAUUUCACGACAUUUAGUUUUACCUGUUAAACAAUCAGAAUUGGAUAUUAAGGAUGAUAAAUCACAUAAAGAUGAUAUAUCUGGAGGAGCAGAAGAAAUGGAAUCAUUACAUGAAAAAUUGGAUGCUAUCAAUAUAAAAAAUGGGAAAACUUAUUGUGAAGUACCAGAUACAGGAAUUUUUAAUAAAGACAUAGAAUAUAAAGUAAUAAAUAUGAGAAAUCAAAAACCUUUUGAAAAAGGUCGUAUUGUGAAUAUAUCACAUUUAUCUAAAGAAUUGCCUAAUGCAUAUUCUAAUAAAAUAGUAGAUGCACUUAAUGAACAAGUACAAUCAUUAAGUGAUGCUAUUACUAUAUUAGAACAACGUUUGUCAGUAUUAGAAGAAGAAUUAAGGAAAUAA